GGGUUCUUUCUAAUAUUCAUCCGCUGCGCAUUAAAAAUAUGGGCUAUUGGGUUAUUUAGGCGGGAACUGCAGUUCAGUCGAAUUGUGUUCUCUGUGAAGGUUGUUGUUGCUUCAAUGUCAGUCGUAAAAGAUACAAGAUAUUUGGUAGUUGAGUUCCCUAAAGGGCCUAAGGAAACAACGCCCGCAGUGGAAACCGUUCCAGCAAGCUGGGUUAACGAACAGGAAUUGAUAUCUAAAUGGCCUAAUGGGAAACCUAACGAAGUAUCCAAAGCCAUUAACGAGAUGUAUACCCCUCAGAGUACAUGGAGCUCUUAUAGAUUGUCAAGAAUUCUGUAUAGAUGUGAUAAUUUAUUAACAGCAAAACAAAGAGCAAAAGAUGCUGAAUUAAAUUCAGUAAGCGAAUCAAGCCAUUCGGAUGAGCUUCGACAUAAAAGAAGAAAAAGGAGGGGAAAUCCUAGAUACUUAAGUGAUGAAAGCUCUAGCACAGAUGAAACAUCGGUAGUGGAUGAUCCUUCAAAACCAUCCUUUUACGAUACCACCCCUGCAAUCCCCAACUUCCUUUAUUUUAAGCGUAAAAAUCAAGGAUCGGCAGGAUUAUCAAGUUCCAGCCUGCACUUUGAUGAUACUGAGAUGAGCCCAACUCAUUUUUCUCAGUCAAGUGCAACAUCUCCCAGUAUAAUAAGUGCAGGAAAAGCAAAUAUGUCAAGGAAUUCACCUGUUUCAGUCGCGGCAACGCCUAACAAAGCACCCCUGGAUACCAGUCAACAUAUGAUGCCUAUGCCUUCCAGUCAACAUAGGCCUGUGCCUGAAAAAUCUAAUAGCACCUCAUAUCAGGAAACUGUUCUUCAAACCCUUGCCAACAUCUCAUAUACUCUUGAAAGGAUACAGAAACGACUGAGUAGGAUAGAACUGCAAAGUACUGUAUUCAGAGAUGGAAAAGAAAACAGGUGCCCGGAAUUGCCAGAGGGUGUGCAGUUACCUAUAGCAAGUAUGGAGGUAUUUAAUAACUUUCUGCUUGCUUUGGACAAUGAUGCCCUUUUUGUAUCUCUGGCUUCAUACUUAUCCUUCAGAAUUGGGCAGAACAAUGUUGUAGAUAGGCUACUGACAUUUCUCCUUAGUGAUAUUUUCUCAACUCAGCUUAAUUGGGCUGGUCGCAAUGGGAAAAGAGCCGUAAAAAAAACCAAAUUUGUGGAAUUCAUUAAGUAUACUGUUGAAAAAAACUUGAAGAUUGCGGAUGAAGUGGUAGAGGCAAAAAUUAAGUCCUGGUUGAAACAUUCCUCGGAUCGACUGAAGAGAGAGAGAAAUAAGAACUAAAGCAGUAUAUAUUGUGUAAAUAUUGUUAUCAACUUGUACAUUCAACUGUAUUGUGUAAAAAAAGUAAAUAAAUAAUUACCAAUUCAUUGUAUUAAUUUAGUACUGUU